ACAACGAACUUCGAUAGCUCGAUUCCGUUGUUUGUUUUUGUUUGGUUUGAAUUUGAAACCGCAAUUCUAAACGGAGGAACAAACAAAGCAGCGUGCGUGCGUGAGCGUAUCUUAACUUGUUCUUAGCACUGUUUAUCCUCACGAUGUCCGAUUUUUCCACACCCAAGCCUAACAGAAGCAGAGUUUCAAAGGUGCCCCAAACUCCUAUCAAUAUUCCACCCUCCCCUUACAUGAAAAAGCUAGGAUUUGGAACCGGUGUCAGUGUGUUCCGAUGGGAUCGUUCUCCUCGUCCAGAUGCAGUCCGAUCCCCAUGGGCCCUGAAGAAGCUCAACAAGAGAGACAUGCCUCAGGUGUUUGAACAACGCCUGCAGAAGGAAGCUGAGCUGUUGAAGGGGUUGAAACAUCCCAACAUUGUUGGCUUUCGUGCUUGCGUCCCUGGCAAAGAUGGACGCAUGGCUUUGGCAAUGGAAAGCUGUGAGUCAUCACUCGCAGAUCGCAUUGAAGAUCGAAGAAAUGAUGAGGCUGGACCCUUUGAAUCUGAUACGAUUCUGAAGGUAGCUCUUGGUGUGGCAAGAGGCCUUGAUUACCUGCAUCGCCAGAAGAAGUUGUUGCAUGGAGACAUGAAAUCUUAUAAUAUCCUUAUCAAAAGAGACUUUGAAGAAAUAAAAAUCUGCGACUUUGGAGUGAGUAUGCCGUUGAAUGCUGAUGGGACUGUUAUCGACCCUGACAACUUUGUUGGGACUUCAGUAUGGAGUGCACCUGAAACAGCGGGGCUGUGUGAUGAACCUGUCUCUUCUAAGGUUGAUAUCUUCGCAUUUGGGCUUGUGCUCUGGGAAAUGAUAGCCCUUGAGAUACCCCACACAGAUGAUCUUGAAGAAAGCAACAUGGAUAUAAGCAUCACUGAGGCUGAUCUGGAGAACAGAAUUGGUACACGCCCAGCUCUUCCUCCUGUGGACCUUGACGAUGGAUAUAACGGAAUCAUGGAAAUUUUUUACUGUUGUACUGAAGAAGACCCCAAUUCUCGCCCAAGUGCUGAGAUGUUAGUGGAAUGGCUAGAAGAUCUGACAGGUGAGAAUCCGAUCAGUAUGGAUAAAAGCCAGUAAUCCUUCAAAAAUUUUUCAUCAAAUCAGUAUGGAUUCUUUUAUAUCUUACAUGUUAAAGACUUAUUGGAUGCAGGAUCAAAUAAUUUUAUUAAUUGGUCCUACUUUAUAUUGCCAAUCCUCUAAUCUAAUUUCUAUUUUAUAAUUUUAAAUCAUGUUUAACUAUUAAAUAACCGUGGAUAUUAUAUUUUAUUUAUUGUUGAUAGUGAAACAUUUUUUUAGCAUAUUGCAUGUGUGUAGGUUAUUGACUAGGGUAUAUUUUUAAAACAGCCAUGUAAAAAUCAAGGUUUAUUUCCUAUUUUGAAUGUUGAUGUACAAAAAUACAAGCUCAAAUCUGA